AUGGUUAACAUAAAAUUUACACAAUAUCAGAAAUUUGAUAAUAAUAAAGAUAUCAAGAUACUAGACUAUGCUGAGAUCAUAAAAUUCUAUAACAAAUUUGAAAAAUUCACUCGAUUCAAAGAACGUAUUAUGGAUCAUGAAUUUGAUCUUGAAAAAUUGAUAAAGUAUAUAAAUACUAAAUUUAAUAAUCAUACUCUUGAUAAUUCAUCUUUAAUCUAUAAUUUGAAUAUUGAAAUUGUAGAAAUA